CUCAAAGCGAUUCGUAGUGUGUGUGUGACGCGAUGGUCCGAAUUAGGUGACGGCGACUGGAAACGCCCUUUAAAGUGUGCGUGUGCGCGGGAAGGUGGGGGAUGUGUUGGACGGAACAACCCGGAGCGAGCAGGGAGCAAUGUGGUCCGGUUGUGAUCGGGAAAGGGGCGGAGGAGCAGCCAGUGUGAUAACCAAGGGCGACAGCCAGCAGGAAACGUUGGCCGACAUCGAGCACAUCUCGACGAUUGCCGGUUCGCUCGGGAGCAUCGGGACGAUUUCGCAGUGCGGCGAUGGCGAGCCGGUCUAUGAGACGGACCACACCGACCUCAACUCCGAGUACGACGAAGCGGAAAUGCGCAAGGAGCUUAUGAAGGACAAAUGGAGACAACUCUUCGACGCGUUUGACCCGGAAGGUUUCGGCGAGAUCCCGGUGGAUGACUUCAUCGAGUCGCUCAAGAGCCAGGAGUUCCUGGCGAACGUGCCGCCCAACAAGCGGGACAUCUUGUACGACCGGGCCCUCAAGGCCAAGUCCUCGCAGGCGGAAUCGAUCUCGUUCCAGGACUUUGUGAAUGUGAUGAGUGGCAAACGGUCGCGUAGCUUCAAGUGUGCAGUACAUCAUCGCGAUCGUGAAGUUUGUUCGGAGAACGAUUUUCAUCUGAUAUUUAAAGAUCCACCAUUAUUCAAGAGAAUGGUGCACGUAAUUGCAAUGGAAGUGCUCCCCGAAGAGCGGGAUCGAAAAUAUUAUGCAGACAAUUAUUCAUGCUGUCCGCCUCCAUUAUUUGUGAUAUUAGUUACAUUAGUUGAGUUGGGCUUCUUCACGUACCACACGCUGACGUCCGGCCAGGCGGAUCCGGCCGGUCCGGUUCCGAUCGACUCGAUGUUCAUCUACCGGCCGGACAAGCGGCACGAAGUUUGGCGGUUUCUGUUCUACAUGGUUCUUCAUGCCGGGUGGUUCCAUCUCGGCUUCAACCUAGUCGUGCAACUCCUAGUUGGGCUACCAUUGGAGAUGGUACACGGAUCAACUCGGAUCGGUUGCGUCUAUCUGGCCGGGGUGCUCGCUGGAUCGCUAGGAACCAGCGUGUUCGACCCGGAAGUCUACCUCGUUGGCGCUAGCGGCGGCGUGUACGCCCUGCUGGCUGCCCACCUCGCCAACGUCAUGCUCAACUACCGCCAAAUGCAGUACGGCAUCAUCCGGUUGCUGGCGAUCUUCCUUUUCGCUUCCUGCGACGUCGGUUUCGCGAUCUACUCGCGGUACGCCGUCGAGCCGGAGAGUGGCGCCCCCUCGGUGUCGUACGUGGCCCACCUGACGGGGGCGCUCGCCGGCCUCACGAUCGGGCUGCUGGUGCUGAAGAAUUUCGAGCAGAAACUGCACGAACAGCUGCUGUGGUGGGUGGCGCUGGGGGUGUACGCGGCGUGCACCAUCUUCGCGGUGGUGUUCAACCUGCUCAACACUGUUACGGUGCAGCGGCUGGAGGAGGAGGGCGAACAGGUACUGAAGCAGCGACUUUUCAACAAUUUUGGAUUUUAAACGCGGUGCCGCGUUCACGGAGAACUCGGAAGCACCGGAUCUCAGGGGGCGUUCUGAACGCCGGCCGGAAGUUCUGAGUAUAAAAUUCAAACAUUGGAGGGAAGGGGGCGCGCGGAAUUGAAGGAGAAAAGUUGUGAUUUGUGUAUAGACUUAUUUCGUUUCGUUUUUUGUUUACAUAUUUAACCUAAUCUGGAGAAAGCGAGUGCGAACGCACGAGUUCGGCUAUCGAAGCGGGAGAGGGGGCUGCCAGUGAAUUUAUUGCCCUCCAAAACAGAGAGAUACGUAAUUCCGUGAAUUCAAUAAAGUGAAUUAACCAUGUUUGUACCUCCGGUACAAAUUUUGAACUACUGGUGCAAAGCCAAAAUUUUGUACUCUGCAGUUAAAAAUCAAAAAUAUUCAUCCGAUUUUUGAAGUUUUUAUUCAAGCAGAUGGCGCAAAUUGUCUUAACAUUUGUCCACAGAAGUGAGCUGUCAAACUGACGUUUCAAAUGUCAUUUGAAAUCACAGAGUUGUUUUAGAACAGAGAAAGGUCAAAAUCGAACCUGUCAAAAAUGUUUAAUUGAUUUUUUAUGUUUACUCAGUUUUGAGUGAAGUUUACCCUUUUUUUAUGGCAAUUCAACCAAACUUGAGAAAAAUUUACCUAAAUCCGGUUGAAAACAUCAAUUUUCACGGUUAUCCUUGUUUACUCAUAUAUCAUCAAAUUUCAAGACCAACUCAGAAAUGAGUUCGUGAGGCAAAUGUCAAAUUUGUUCGAUUUCACUCAGUUUUCAUUGAACUCUGAGUGAAAUUAAUUUAAAUCUGUCAUUUUGCUCAAUUACUACUCAUUUUUGGGUAGGUUCGAGUUCGAUUUCUGGUUAAUUUUGGACCUGCAAGUAGACUUUGACAAAAUAUCAACUUUGAAAUGAGUUAUUUUGAUUGAGCGCGAUCUUUUUAAAUAAAAAUUCUCAAUAAUCUAUUUUGUAAAAAUAUUUAAAAAUCGAACUGACAGCAAUCCGAUCCAAUUUUUACACCACGAAGCAGCCGCACUCCAAAAUCGAAAUCCCCGAGCGCGUUCCACCUCGAUCCCGAGAUAUACCAAAGACUGUAUAUGACAUUUAAAGAAACACCUGAAAAAUCAAGCGAUGAUCAUAUAGUUAGCAAAUAAAAACAAACGUAUUAAAAAAGAACUCUGAAAAAUCAGGUGAAAUCGGAGAGAGAGAGAGCCGAGAUGAUCUCCCGUUCAAGUCCAGUAAAAGGCAACCACACACGUUGGGUGCUUUGUAAAUAUGUGAAAUACUUUUUUUAUAGGAAUUUAAUCAAUUCGAGUCCAAAACUCCACGACACGAUUUUUCGAGAAUUUUUGCGCUGCGAAUUCGCGAAUUUGUACAUUUACACUUAGAACCUCAUCUAAAUUUACUCAGAUUUCGCUGAAAUUGCAUUUACUCAAAAUUGAGUACUGAGGCAAUUGUCAGAUUUUGAUUAAUUUGUCUCAAAACAAAUUUUUGAGUAAGUUUUGACGAAAUCUGCGCAACAUUAGAUGAGCGUGCACUAACUCACCUAACCUCACUGCGCGCAGCUGUCAAAAGAAAAGAAAUGUCAAAAACGACAAUGUCGAAAGUUUGACGCGCAGCGAGCAAUCCUAUUAAUACUGCAUCAUUACACUGCUAAAGGAGGAAAACAAUAAUUCUAGUCAAAUUUCUAUGAAAAACACUAUUAUUAUAACGAUUAUUAUUAUUAUUAUUCAAUUAACCUGAGUAAAUCCGACCUUUGAAAGCGCGAAAAAAAAGAAUAACUAUAGCAAAAAAAGAAAAUCAAGAAAUACACUCAACUUAUUCAAGUCAUUAAUCACAAAGAACUAAGUGUUUAUUUAUUAUUAUUUUUUCGUCAAAUGUAAUGCAAUCACAAGAUAAAACAGCCAACAGAAAAAAAACAAACAGUAAAAAACGUCCCCAACAAAACUGUUAUCGCUGAAUCGAUUCUGUUAAGCACAAUCCUAAUUGUUUUUAUGUGUCUUUAUAUUAUUAUUUUCUUGUUUUAUUAGGAAAAAGCCAAAGAAGAUUUAUAUUUAUUUUUAUUACGUGAAUAACUUAUUGCUCGUCCACAACAAAACAAAAAAAAAGAAAAAUCCCCGGGAAAAUGUUUGCGUUGACCAUCCACCAAUAGACGUCCUGCACACGUCGCACACUACAUUGCCUUACCAAAAACAGAAGUAAACCAAAAAACAACAAAAGUCAACAUCACACAACCAUCACAGCAAGCCAGGGAAUAAUCAGACGAAAAUUAAUCGGGUAGUAAUUAGGGAAGGAGAGAGUGAGAGAGAGAAUACAAGUACAAACGAAAACAACAACAGAAAAGUUAAGAACGAUGUGCUUUCUCUUCAAAUAGACACACACACACACUUGAAACACUGCCAGUAUAGAAUUGAAACAGUUACAAAAAAAAAGAAAAAAACUACGAAACGCAUUCAUUUUCACAUGGGAGACGGAAAAAUUGUAUUAUUAUCUCGUAUGGCGAAAUGAUAGGAUGUAUUUAUAAUAAAUUAUUGUAUGCGACAAAAAGUAUAUGCGAAAAAA